GUGGUAAUGCCUAUUAUAACCGUGGAAGAUUCUCCAUCUGAUCUCAGCCAACAACGAAUUAUUGCUCAAAGAAGGAGCUCAGGAGUCUCUCGAUCUAAUUACAAUAUGUUUGGUACCGACAACCAUCAAACAAAGAUAGCACCGUAUUCAAGAAAAACCAGCAUUUUCGCAAGAGCACCUAUAUUUAACCUUUCACCUAGAAAUGGCGAUAGCACAAGUAAUUUAAACCUAGAGGACAAAGUUUCAUUAAAAAAACAAUUAAAAUCACUUCUAGACCAAGUACCUAGAACAGAAGUUCCACGCUUAAGAGAAUUACUGAAACAGAUAAUAAAGAAACACAAAUCCGAAGAAAAUCAUACACCGAGACUUGGGGCGGUAGAAAUGGGAGCUUAUACGCGAGAACUUGUCAAUGGUGAAACUGAUGAAGACAUAUUACGACUUACGAACAGUAAAUUGAAAGAAAUAACUCAUGGUUCACGCGUAGUUAGUAGUGAUGUAGCUAAUUAUCCUAGUAAUAAAGAUACUGUUAUCAUUCAAGACGCUAACAUAGCCUUUGAUACACAAUCCGAAUAUGAAAUUCCAAUAAUUCGAAAACAAAAGCCAAUAGUGCACGCCAAAAACGAAAAACCUAAAAAUAAUAACAACGACCAAACAUUAAUAAUGGGCCACAAUAUAGCACGUAAGCCAGGAAGUAAUUUGGCCAAUACUGAUCUUGCCUUUAUUAAUCAUAUCCAAGCCGAGCCAAUCCAAGUGAAGCCAAAUUUUCGAAAAAAUACUGAAAGACAAGAAAUAAUUUAUGACGCAGGAAAUAAAAUGAAUGACCACACACAAACCGCGUCUGACGUCACAACAUUAAAGCGAAGAUUGUAUUUAGAGAAUGAAGUCAGUAAAUUAAAAAGGAAACUGCAGAAUUUACGUCAUUAUAUACAUAAAAAUGAUGUCAACGCAAACGCCCGUAUCCGCCCCGUGGUAACGUCGCAGAGCGGCCAACGGAGUACCAAGUUUGAUGAAGGGAAAAAUUUCUACAUGCCGGACAGAGCACAUCCUCUGCAUGAAUAUUAACUAAAAGUUA